AUGGAUCAUUCUGGAAAACCCCUCGUUUUUGGAAAGAUAAUAUUUAAAUUCUAUUUAAACGCCUAUUCCUCAGGGGUGCUCUGCCUCCUCACCUGCACCUCCACUCUCGCCGCUGGCAGCAACCUUCCCACACGCAGGGUGAUUCUGCGGUCCCCGUAUGUAGCUGCAGAGUUUUUAAAGAGAAGUCAGUACAAACAGAUGGUGGGCAGAGCAGGACGAGCAGGUAUCGAUGCCAUGGGUGAGAGUAUCCUGAUCCUGCAGGACAAAGAUAUAAAUAUGGCCAAAAAACUACUGUCUGCACCAAUGGAGAAGUGUUACAGUAACCUGCUGCACGAUGGAGAGAGGGGCCUCCUCAGCUUGUCACUUAUCGGGCUAAAAAUAACUACGACUGUAGAACAAGUGAGGGAUUUCAUGAAAGGCACACUGCUUAGUGUGCAGGAGGCUCAGGUCAGUCCAGAGAGGAGUUUGUGGGAUCUUACAGUCGAGUCCAUAGAGACACUGAAGCAGAAGAGCCCCAUCGAGGUCUCUGCUGAUGUACACAAUCAAACCAUUCUCCAAAUCACCAGAAUCGGGAGAGCAACCUUCAAAGGUUCAGUAGACCUAAGCUGCUGUGAUCUGCUUUACCGAGACUUAUCAAAAGGGCUGGAGGGUUUACUCCUCAAUAGUUUUCUUCACUUAGUUUAUCUGGUCACUCCUUAUGACAUGAUCAAUCAAUGUAAGCCAGAUUGGAUGAUCUACUUCAGGCAGUAUACCAAUUUGACAGCUGCUGAGCAGAAGAUGGCCACUGCAGUCGGGGUUCCUGAAAGUUUUGUGACUAGAAUGGCAGCGGGACAAAGCAUGAGGAAGUCUGUGGACAUUUUGGUAGUGAAUAGGUUGUAUCUGGCUCUGGUGCUGUACUCUCUAUUGAAGGAGACAAACCUGUGGAACAUAUCCGAUAGAUUCCAGCUGACCAGAGGCUUCGUACAGACUCUUCUCAGCUCAGCUUCUGCAUUUGGCUCCACCGUGCUGCACUUCACUGAGGAGCUAGAGGAGUUUUGGGCCUAUAAGGCUCUUCUCUCAGAGCUGACUCGUAGAUUGACUUACUUUGUGCAGGCCGAGCUCAUUCCACUCAUGGAGCAUCGUGCUAAGCAGCUGUAUAAUGCUGGUUACAAGACACUGGCACAUCUUGCCAACGCAGAUCCACAAAUUCUGGUCCAAACUAUUGAAAACCUCUUCAAAAGACAAGCAAAUCAAAUUAUUGCAUCAGCAAAAAUGUUAAUAAAAGAGAAAGCAGAAGCCUUGCAGGAGGAGGUUGAUAACCUGCUUACGCUUCCACCUGAUCUCCCAUCUUUGUAAAUUUGUGUUUAUUUUUAUUUAUAUGAUGUAGCUACAUAGACAUGCAUAUUAUUUAAUAAUCCGCCUGGCAUUAUGUAAACUAUUUUGUGCCUACAUGUCUGGCUGAAAUAAAAAUGGAAGUAACCUCU